AUGUCGCGGCGAAUUACAGAUCCGUUCAUAAUUGACGAGUUUCUUGUUGAAAGAAAAUGCAGGUCUUUCGUGCAUUUCCUCUCUCUACCUAAGUCAUAUGGUGCGGACAAUCUGGCAUCUGAAUCUGUCUCCGUAGAUCGCCCAAAUUGUUCUGCUGGCCUUGAUUGUCUACAGAGUUCGAUCUUUGUUGUCCACCAGUCUUCCUCUUUCGACUUCGACAAAAAAGGACUGAGCCUCCCUUUGUCAUUCCAUUCGACGAACCUUCUCCAGGCCGCAAUCUGGCGCUUGCUUUACGGGCGCAUACCAAACAAGUACCACAUACGGCCCGAUCGUGUCGGGGUCGACUUUAUUAUGAAACCCGGUCAAGUGGAUGCUAUGCCUAAGGCCAAGCCCCAACAGACCUGGCGACAUCGUGCCUAG